AUGGCCAAAAGCUCCAAAAAAUUGACUGGCAAUGCGACGAAGCCAAUCACUGACUUUUUUAAACCCAAGUCUUUGUCUCAGUCAUCCUCCCUGGCCACAGUUGCUUCCAACUCAACUGGACCUUCCUCAGAAGCAACCGUCAGUUCUAUAGCAUCCUCUCAGACCGUCUUAUCUCAGUCUAGUUCCUCAACACACCCGACUCGCGUCACUCACAUGCAGGUGAAGCUACAAAGUCACGUAUCUGAAGACACCACUUCUCUUCGGAAAGGCUUACCGUCCCCUACGAAGCCUAUGGUUCAAACGGUCGGCUCGUCAACCUCUUCUUUGAAACGUUCCCGUUCCCCGGACACGCAACCCCCAGGACUGAGCCCACUUCCAUUGAGGCGUUUUCAAAAACCACUUCCUGAGCCAUGUAAUUCGCCCGCAAGGCGCAAGGCAAAAUUUGACACAGAUUCUGAACGAGAGCAGGAUUCGGUAGUUCACGUCAAACGGAUGCAAACCCCUCAAUCUAAGAAGCGUCGCAUUUCUUCACCCGGACCUUCCUCCCUUCAUAGCUCAAGUAGCCUUGUCCCCAGCAGCCAAUCCGAUGAAGAAGAGCUGGCGCCUUCACGGUCCAAGGCUCGGAGCACAGAUGUCAAGGCGGUCGACCAUUGGAGGAAAGAGACCCUUCCCCAUUCUCCGGACGUCGACAGCGACGACGAUCGUGCUGCACAGACGGAAAUCGACCCCUUACUCUCUUCGUCCCCCCUAACUUCUAGAUUCACCUCACCGUUGACGGAGCCUGAGCAUGACACCAACCUUCAGCGCCCAACGCCUGCUUCCCCUUUCAGCCCCGGUUUCGGUCACAUCCCCACACCUCCAUAUACCGACCGUCAUUCAAAUGAUGCCCCUAUGCCGCCUUCGCCUAUUGCUCUUGAUCCCGCAACGAAGGCCGCUCAAAUCAUUGCGGAUAUCAAGGCCAGGGCCUACGCGGCGACGCUAUUAAGCCCCGAAAGUACUCCCUCUCUUGAGUUCAAGGAUGAAUUAUCGGAUAGUAGCGACGAUGAGAUGCUUCCGUUUGUCCCUGUGCCAGCGAAGGAAAAAAGUAAGACAAAACCCAGUGUUGAUAAUGUCGAUUCAACAAUCAUGACACGUCCCACUCGAUAUCCACUCCGAGAUCGCACCUCCUCGCCAGCCAUUGGAGAAGGGGAAUCACUUGAACAAAGCUCACGGGGAUUGCGCACCAUGCCCGCUGUAUUUUUCAAUGGAGCUCACAAGAAAGGGAAAGGAGCAGCCAAAAAGAAGCCUGCUUUCAACCCACUUGAUAAUUUUUUAAAGGAAAAAAGGCAAGCAGAGAAGGGCGGUAAAGGAGCUGAGGCCUUCCGUUGUGCUGAGAGCUUGGCCAGCAUGCAGGGGAAAAAUAAUUUAUUCGACGAAAUGGCCGAUGAGCAAGCUGAGAGCGCAGCCUUUCAGGCUGUGAAAGAACGUGAUCAAUGGCUCAACACCCCAUUGAGCCCCGAUAAUAGCUUCACUUCCCUCGGUGCUAUAACCCUGGUUGAAGAGGAUAGGCGAAGACUAUUCGGCGACAACGGCGGGAAGGCGAUUAUAGGUAUUUUGGAAAGUGAUAGGGUCUUGAAGGAUCAAGAACGCGCCCACAAAAAGUUCAAGGGAGUACCGUUUUGGACAACGCAAGACUCAGUGGGCAUGCUAGUUGAUGAAACCUUUCCGACUUUCCAGUAUGAAGGAAAAGAUAGCAUACUUCAGCUCUUUAAGUCUGCACUUGAUCGUGGAGGUACCUCGCACAAGCUUCACUCUUGCUUGACACCGGGUACAUCAGCCCUUUCUACGAGUGAUGCACCAAUCCAUGCAGCGGCGUUCCGUGCUCUGUUACGGUUAUAUUCUUCAAAACCAAAUCCCCCUUGUGGGGUCACACUCUCUUGCAUUUUAGGCGCUCUCCAUCGCUUAGGAGCCGUGUCCUCCCCGAUGUCUUCUAUAGGAUGGGCAACGGAGUCUUCCGUACACCCACCAUCGAUCGAUUCAACAAGUCGCGAGGGAGCACUGUAUCGUUUGGUAGAGCUAGUAGCUUCGUGUGCACGAUCUCAACAGCUAGUCGUGGAAGACAUUCCAGACCUGGUAGCAGCAUUGGUGUUACUAAUCGCUACCGACCCUUCCACCUCUCUGCCGCUACAACGAGAUAUCACAACAGUGAUAAACCAAAUUUGCAACAGCAUUGGCCCUGAGGGCGAGGUGUUCUCCGAGAUUGAAGCUCGCAUUUGUUCAAAGGUGUUAAAUUGCAUUUCAACGUGUCAGCCCAUAAACAUACCUGCUUUCCUUUUUGGCUGCCGGCACAGGUCGCUCCUUGCGAAUUGCCCGGCGCAGUAUUCCGAUCUACCUCCCAUUUCUGAAAUCCUCAAUGCUCUCUUGCUCACGAGCUCGGACCAGUCAGGCAUUUUCGAUCUCCACGAUGAGACUGAUUACGUCAACCUGGGAUUCUAUGUCUACAUUUUGAGUGUUGCCCUCUCGAACGUGAAGGGUUGGGCGCUUGAGGAGUGCGAGGAGUCGAGAUCAAAGCCUCUUGGUCGUCAUAGUCCAAACAAAUUGGGCUCGGGAGAAGACAAACCCAAAACACCAUUGCAAGUCCUCCUCUUGAGAGCCUGCAUUCGGGCAUCAGUGAUACCCGCGCUGCGCACCUGGACCGUUCUCGGACCAAGGCAGCUGUUAAGGCAUUGUCUGUGCGGAUAUAUUACCAACGUGAUGCCUGGAUAA